GCGAAUGGGUGCUCCAUCGACUGGGGCUCUACCUGUAACUUAUCAGCUGUAUUGUUUGUUAUUAUUCUAGUGCAAUUAGCCCAUGUUUGGCAACCGAUUCUACAUGAUUUCACCAAAUUUCCUCUACUUCUGGGGUAUUUGUUUUUGACUAUCGUCGUAUACACCUGACAAACAAGUAUGGGAGAAGUACCUGAAAAGUCAGAUAAGGAUGUGAAAUCACUUCCACAAUGCAAUAGGCGAAGACAAGAAAUCAUCCACUUAAAAGUCUUGGUGCCAUCGGUAGCAGUCGGCGCUAUUAUUGGCAAAGGAGGAGAGUCCAUUGCAAAGAUACAGAAAGAAACUGGCGCAAGGAUUAAAUUAUCGAAAGUAAAUGAUUUGUAUCCCGGGACUGAAGAAAGAGUUUGUCUGAUUCAAGGGACCUUAGAGGGUGUAACCCGUAUGCACAAUUACAUUAUGGAUCGUGUUCUGGAAAAACCAGAAUGUUCUGGUACUGCUGCAUCAUGUGUCACUACUAAUACUAUUUCAACUUCGCGUUCUGAAAAUGUUGCUACCAGUUCUACUACUCAGGGUGACUCGAGUAGCAAUAUGCCACACUUGCAGAAGGGGUCUACUUGGUCUCAUAGCUUAGAACUCUCAGGCAGUCGUUUACCAUGGGGUCGACAUAAACAGGUUAAGAUCUUGGUUCCAAACUGCACUGCAGGUCUUGUAAUUGGGAAAUUGGGUAGUUAUGUCCGAGAGAUAAAAGACAGAACGGGGGCCUUUAUACAGAUUUCACAGAAGUCUGUUGAAAUCAAUUUAUUGGAGCGCUGUAUAACUAUUGCAGGUGAACCAGAGCAGUGUCGUGCAGCUGUAGAUUUAGUUUUAGCCAAAAUAGCCGAGGACCCCCAAUCAGCCAUCUACCCUGCCAUUUCUUACUCACAUGUACGUGGUCCUGUAGCGAGCGCUUAUCCAACUGGAUCUCCUUUUGCAAUUAUGCCAUCUGUUCGAUUCGAUACAAGUCAAGGUUCACACUUACGCUUACCUCCUGGUCGUGGUACUUCUUGUGGUAACAUCGAAGGAUGGGAUGAUAACGUACCAAGUGGUGUUGGUUUUUCAGCCGUUGCUAAUCCUUUUGGAUCGUCUCUUUUCCAUGCUGCGUUACUCCAGGUCCAAGCCGCGGCUCUGGCGGCAAAUUUAAAUACCACCGGUUACUACCCAACUCUGCCAUCUGUAGAUAUGGCUCCAACUAAUAUGCCCACUUUGUUUACUCAUGGACUAUCUACAAAUAUUGGGUACGUACCACCUGAAGAUGCCACUGUACUACCGCCAGCUUUGCCAGACUAUGGGCAAGGAUUCUGUUCAGCUACACCUACUGGUAAUGUUCCUCUAUUAGGUAGUGGAGGGGGUGCAAGUGGAGGCGGUUCUAAUACCGGCGGAGGGAGUGGCGGACACGGAAGCACUUUAUUGCAAGAAAGUAUUUGGCAGAUUGGUGAUUCUCAAAUUCAGACACCCACAUGUUUUGAUGCAGCUUAUCCGGGACCCUUAAACUUCGCUAUUUAUCCAACGAAUCAGUCACUUUUAACUGCAAUGGCUUCUAGACACCCCAGUGAAUCAUAUCCAUCUCAUCCAGAUAUAUUCGCACCAUCUAGUCCAUACAUGACUGGUAUAUCUCAGCCAUCAUUCACGAUUCCGUAUAGUACUUCACCAUCAUUAAUGGGUGGUAAUGGUGGGAAUCUUGUUGGUGUUCCUCAAAUAGACCCAGGAAGUCCUCACUUUGCUACACUUUACCCUGGCAUUUCUCCUUCUUUGUGUUUAUCUCAACCUUUUCCUGUUGUUAGUUCGGAAAUGGAUGUAAAAGUUGCACCGAUUAGACAACAACCACCAACAUUGAAUGAAUUAUUGGGAUCAUUGCGUUUGGGUUGUAAAACUGAAGAUGUGGUAUCUGAGAUCAACCAAACAUUCUCAACUCUUACACAUCAUGGAUUUCUGAAUAUGGCUGGGUCAGGACCAUUUCCCCUGAUAUCACCUGCAGGUUCUCAACCAGCUAGUUAUAUAGCACCUCUUCUUGCUACGCAUUUACCGUCACCAACUGCAGAAAGUAGACCAAGUGUAAUUUUACCAGAAGAUAAUUCGACCAACUGGUUUGUUGGAGUGCGUCCAUCUACUGUUCCGGAUACUAGUUUCAUGAGAACUUCCAAACAUACACCUUCACAUUCAGAAUCUACUAGUAAUGUUUAUUCACAUAAUCAAAGUUUGGGUGUUCCUGUGAAACAAAAUCAAUCAUAUUCAGAGUUAGUCUCAGGCCAUGAACAUCAUCCUGAUCAAUCGUUAUGUUCACAAUCCUCUGGGUGUAUUCCUGCUAAAGAAGAAAACGUAAUACACACAUUCCCUUCCAAAUCACAUGAUGCACCGUUUUGUGAAUUCAGUGCGUCAUCAUCAGCCAAUGUUGAUGUUGGUGACAACCCCGUGGCAUCUACUACUCUUACUGAAGUUAGUAAAAAACAAUCUCUAUCCAGUUCUAAAGACGUUGUUUGUUGUUGUAGUUGUCCUGUUAUUGGUGGUAGCUCACUCAGUAUCCAUACAACUUCUUCAAGUCCUUCAUUGGGAUCGUGUACUUGUUCGAGUAAAUUAAAUUUCAAUGAUUCAUCAACAGGGUGUCAGCAAUCAGAACCUGUAGUAACUGAUUCUCCCUCAACCGAAAGUAAUAUUCUACAAGGAAGCAAAAUGUCUUCUGGUAAUGAACAAAAUACAUCACCGUCGCAUCAAAUUAAAACGGAUAGUUAAUCAUAUCGUAGUGUCAUGACUAAAUGCAUCUAGUGGAUUAGCUAGCUAAUUUGGUAAGUAUCACUUUGUUCUUGUCACCAGUAUUUAGUUAUAUGUUUGGAGUUAAGUACGUCUUUGUUACCAGUUGUGUAUAUAUUGAUUUGGUAACUGUUCUACAAUUUCUUUAUGAGGUUGACUCUAUUAACAUGUAGGUAGUGGCAGAUUGUUUGGAUGUAGUUCAAAUAAAUUUUGUUUAAUACAGGCAUAUUUUUUACUGUAUUUAGUAUUCCAGUCGGUGUUCAUUUUCAAGUCAAAAUACAAAUUUCCAAUGAUUUUUAGGCAUGAGCAUAGUGAUGUUCUUUCUAAGAAAGCUAAUAAUCAGUUAAUAGGGAGGUUUGUAAUUCUGAAGAGGUUGUUCAUCUAUUUGGCUACUAUUCUGAUAGUAACUAUUAGAAGUACAUAAUAAAUAGGAGCUCACUUUCUACGAUAACAUAAUAUUGGCUAAAAAUCAAAGAAAAGCAAGAAUUACUCAUGUUUUAUCGCAGUAGAAGUCGCACGAAUUUCAUCACAACAUAAAACUAUGCAUUCGUUUGUUGUUUAUGAUAAAAUAGCAUACUAAGUAAACUCUGUACUUUUUUUGAUAUACCAUCAUUCAUUUAAAGUUCAAAUCAUUUAAAGUAAAUAAAACAGAUUUUCCAUUACUAAAUGGUUUAUUACCAGUAUUUCUAAAUUGUUUUUUUCUCUAAUUUCAUCUGAAGCUUGACGUAUCUCUAAAAUAGUAUACACAAUUGGGGUAAUCUGCAAAUUAUAUGGACAUCUCGCUCAGACACUUGUUUUGUAUCGAUGAUUAUCUUUGCAGAAUAAUCAGAAAUUCAAUUUGACGAUAUACGAAUUUAGUUUUUGGAUGUUGAAGUUAUGAAUGUAUUGUACUGUGUACAGUAGUCUUCAAUUGUCAAGUGCUAUCAGCAGAGAUAUUGUCACAAUUUUAUAUCAUACUUCCCCGCUCACUUGUUGCAGAUCGUAGCUUCAAAUAAAAACUUGGAAAAUUGUUUACAGAUUGAAAGAUGUGAGCCCUAAUACAUCCUGUUUUACUCCUCUGCUUAAUGUAUGCAUAUUUAUAUAUCCUGCAUACAAGUUCGGUUUUAUCUUUCACUUAAUAUCGCAUAGAUACUUCGCCCGGUGUCUUCGAAAUCCUUGUAUCCUGAUUUCUCUAUUUUUGUGUCCAUACUUUUCCAGCACCUAUCUUAUGUACAGAUAACUUUUGUUCUCUAAACAUUAUUCGGACAAACAAAUUUUAUCGUUGCCCAAACUCUUCACUACGUAUGUCCACGCCACUAGAGCAAUGGAAAAGAUAAUGAUUCUAGAUGAUUUUUGUAAAUUAAAACCAGAUCCAUCUUAUAUUUAUCUCAUUCGUUUUUCUUCUAGUAAAAAUGUCUUACGUUUUUUGACAAUUACUAUCUACUGAGGUUAGUUUCACCACCAAUACUUCUGUCUAGGUUAUUUUUAACUAGUUGUUGUGAAAUGUACCAUGCGCGAAUGCUUAGAAUGACUAUUUCUGUGAUUAGUUAUAUUCCAAUUUUCAGACAGAAAGUUCUAGUGGCCUUAACUCCGUGCAUCAUAAUUUGUUUUGCGAGAGCCAGGGCUUUCUUGAUGAAUAUUUUGGGUAGAUUUGUUGUUCGUAUAUAGUAGCUUAUUAAUAGAAAUUCCUGAACUCGUCUGUUGCAUCUAUGUAUGAUAACUGUUUAGUUGAUAUUUGCCGUUACGUCUUUACCAACUUAUCGCUUUUCCUCUCCCUUCUCAGUUUAUUUAUCAGCGCCUCGCGUCGCUAGUCCGUGUUAUGUUUCUUUCAUUUCCGAUUUAUUGCAUUUUGUUUUGAUUAGUGUAACGAAUUUUUGUGAUAAGCAUAUGUAUCAAAUUCUUGGAAAUCUUUUUUCGCCAUGAAGAAUAAAUAUAUCAACUAUCUUAUAAUCUUAGUAACCAACAUUACUACUGAUAAUAAUUCAUUUUCUUAUUAUUUAUAUUUACAAAUAUCUCAAUUAUGUUGUUUUUUCUGUUAAGAUUUAAUUGAACAGAUUUACUUAAUUUUACUACACACAAAAGCAUCGCAGCAAUAAUUAUUCUUUCGUCGUGGUUCAUUCUGUUAACUUACUGUAUUAGCUGCUUCGUACCUCGCAGCUCAUUUCCUCGUUUCUGUAGAAAAGUAACUUAUUUUCCUACUUAUUUAAAUGUACGCAUACAGAUCAACUACUUAAGUUAUUAUUAAGACAAUUUGUUUUAAGAUAUUACUUCGUUGUCAGUUCUUAUGUAUAACAAAGAACAUGUGUAGUUUAUAACCCUAACAUACUUCUUUGUAUUUUGAUUUUGUCACAACCCUUUGUUAUUAACAAACUUAUGGGUAAAAGGGACAUGUAUAUCAUACAAUGAAAUGUUGCUCUUUUUUGUGUUCUUACUGUGUAUAUUGAACACUGCUUCACCUUUCUUUCCGCUCAGGCUAUUUUUACUCUAGAUUGUGGUAUUUUUGUGCCUAGGGAAUUGUUUCAUUUAUCAUCUUCUGGCUGUGAAUUAAUCAAGCGCCCUAAUGUACGUCUGUUAUAAAGAUAAAUAUAGAUAGAUCAGUAUUUCCUUAAUUUAUAUUAGGAACAACGUCGUACAUGUUUUGCUCAAACUUUUACAACAUACUGUUUUAUUUGAAAAAAGACUUUUAAACUAUACACUUCUUGAAGAAGUACACCGUGC